AUGAAUACGGGGCAAAAUUCCAAAUUCGGUUUCAGAUUCACUCUUAAUACCAGUGGUGAAUAUACUGUGAAAGUUAUGAGAAAGCUAUUGGAGUCUAAAUUGAUUCCAUACAAUAGGAAGUCAACCUGGUGGUCAAAAAUAACUCUUCUAAAGGUGCGUUGUUUCAUAUGGAAGGCGGUAUUAGGCAGAAUUCCAGUUGCAGAAAACUUGGCAAUAAGGGGAAUUAAUACUCCAUGCUCACUGUGUCCCAUGUGCAUUAAAAUGACUGAAUCGGUUGACCAUCUUAUUAUUACAUGUGAGCAUUCUAGAUCGGUGCAACUUUGGAUAUUCAAAUGGUGUGGUAUUAGUGACAAAUUGUUCUUAAAUAUUAGAGAACUCAUUGAUUUUGCGGUGUCUUGUGGUAACUGCGCUAAAAAGAAAGAGAUUUUAAUCAUGGUGUUUUACUGUACUGUUUGGAAUGUUUGGUUAUCUAGAAACGAGAAGAUCUUCAAACGAAUUAGUGUGAAUACAAUAAGAAUCGCUAACAACAUAAUCUCGCUUUCCUACAUAUGGUGCAAGCAUAGAGGUGGCGCAAGCUGUGGAAACUGGGCAGAAUGGAAUGUAUCGCCUUUCACGCAUUUGUUAUCUUAA